AUGACUUGGUUAAAAUUUGAAUUAAGUUAAUAUAAGAUAUGUAGGAGAUAACAUCAUUUGAUUGUCCCGGUAGAUUUAGGUAGAGAAAAAAUCAUUUUAGUUGGACUAAAGAUUGGUAUUUAUAAAUUUAAGGUAGUCGGAGAAUCUAAGUCAUCGAUUUCAAUUUCUUUGUCUGACAGAACAAUUGUUGGAGUCAGAGGAAUCUCUCUUUUAGAUUUGCGUUCCAUCGCUCUCUUCAUAAAUUUAUUGUUCUCGAUAUUUAAGCAAUUCAUAUCGCUUUCAAAAUGUUAAUUAAAAUAUUUAUUGAUUUAUUUAAAUAAUAGAUACUUUUCAAUAGUUUUAUAGUAAAAUUAAGAAUUUAACGAAGAACUGAUCUAAUUGGUUAUCUAACUCAAAGAAAUGUUGAGAUUUCGAUUUUGA